GUCCACCCGGUAAACGCGUAUAGUAUAACUUUAACUUCUAAUGGAAAUCGGGCUACAAAUAUUCAAUAGACAGACCAAAUGUCUCCGAGCAAUGGGACAUUCUUUAAUACAUCAAGUUCAAGAAUCCAAAUGGCAACGAAUUCCGCAAUUUUUCGUAUUAUUUUUAGUCGUGUCAGCUCAAUAUCCAAUGAUAAAUUAUGCAAUUUUCCAUAAGGAUGACCUUGAAUUAGUUACAGGUUGCAUGAGCAUAGCUUUCACCAAUAUGUUAUCAUCAAUCAAGGUUUUAACGUUUCUUAUUAAUAAAAUCAAGUUUUUGGAAAUUAUAAACGAAUUGAAAACAAUGUGGCAAAAUAGUGGUGAAUAUGGUUUCAAUUACAUUAAACAAUCAAAUAUAAUGGCGGAUCGGGUAGUAAAUUUUUAUUUUUACUCAGUUUUUUUUACUGGAUUCUAUUUUCUUCUGACUCCGUUGGCAAAAAUAGCUUGGGCCAAAAUCUAUCAAAUGCCAAUUGUCAGAGAACUACCAAUGCCAAUGAGAUUUUUCUUCGAUGCAGAACAUUCACCAGUCUAUGAAUAUGCAUACAUUUAUACUGGGUGUGUUACCGUUAUUGUUGUAUCGUAUGUAGUUGCAAUUGAUGGUUUAUUCAUAGCUUUUGCCAUCCAUUUGCGGUCGCAUUUUCGGCUAUUACAACAUUACAUCGAAAAUAAUUCAUUUAAGUCAAAUGAAGCUGCAAUAAAUACAAACAUUCGCUCUUACGUCAAAUAUCAUUCAAAACUUUUAAGACUUGCAGAACAAAUCUGUCAAACUUUUAAGCCAAUUAUUUUCGUGCAGUUUUUGAUAACAUCCCUGCAAGUUUGUGUUUUAGUUUAUCAGCUGGUUACAAACAUGAAUAAUGUAAUGAUAUUUGUGGUGUAUGUAGCUUUUUUGGUAUCGAUUUUAAUUCAACUUCUCAUUUAUUGCUAUGGUGGAGAAAUGUUAAAAACGGAAAGUUCAAUGGUAGCAACUUCUGUACAGAUAUCAAAGUACUACAAUCUGUCACCAAAGUAUCGCAAAGUGCUUUGUUUAGUUCUUAUGCGUUCCCAGAAACCAGUCAUCGUCAAAGCUGGAUUUUAUGUUGCAUCAUUGGAGAAUUUUAUGACGAUCCUCAAAGCGGCAAUGUCUUACAUAACAUUGAUUCAAUCAUUGGAGCAGAUUUAAGAAUAUAUUUCACACGAAAUUGGAAUUUUGAAGUAAAUUUGUGAAGUGUUAGUUUUUGACCAAGAUGGUAAAAGAGGUCUACUUGGAAUGUUUCGAAUUAUUCCAUUUGGAAAGAAAAACAACCCGUUAAAGAAAAAAGGAAGGGAUACUUUGCUUUUUCUGAGGAUUUAGAAUUACAUAUGGUUGUAUGCAUAGUGGCAAAUUCAGAUAAAACUUAAACGGAAUCGGUAACAUUAAAGAAUUAAAAAUGAUCAUUUUCAUUAACUUUGAAUUCUAGUGAUUGUGGUAUUUAAAUCAAAUUGAAUGAACUUGAAGCAGACUUAAGAAUCACAGAAUUUCAGAGAAAAAGAAAAGACCUUCUACUUUUGGUAGCAUAUAAGACAUAAUUAUAACGUAGUUUGCACAAUAUUAAACAAAUAGUACACAAGCUUUUAUUAGCAUAUUUAACCAAAAAUUAACAAUAAAGAAAUACAAAAUA